GAAGUUGUGAGUAACAAAUUUGUUUUCCUCGGAUUUGUAGCUGAAAAUAUAACAAAUUUAGUUUUUAAUCUAAAUCAAACUUACUAAGAGUCAAAACAUUUGCUUUUACUAUCGAGACCAACAAAAUGUCCACUCCACCAAGAGAAACUAUACAAAAACAAAUUCAGCUAGACUGGGCCAACAGAGAAUACAUUGAAGUAAUAACAGGCAGUAUAAAGAAGAUUACGGACUUUCUGAACUCCUUUGAUAUGUCUUGCAGAUCUCGCUUGGCUACAUUGAAUGAGAAGUUGACUUCAUUGGAAAGAAAGAUUGACUAUUUGGAGGCUUGUGUAACCAAAGGCGAAACUUUGACAUAAGCCAGUUUUUAAGAUGUGGAC